GACUGUUCGGUGCCUCGAUCGCCCUAACUCGCGUGUCUGGAUGAGAGAAUGAGGUUGGGACUUGGAGGUGUCCUUGUCGCUACCGUGGGCAAGCGGUUCUCAAGGUGCUCAUAAGAUAUGCCAGGCUCAACUGGGGAACUCCUUCCGUUUGAUUUCAUCACGGUUACCUAGAGCCUCACACUUUAAUAGCAACGACUAUAUUUCUGAAUAGAUAUUUAACUUAUUUCAUUAAAGCGACUUGCGAAAUGCGUUCACUAGAGAGAUCAACUUGAUGACAAGAAUUGUGUAUUUAGAAAUAUAGUCAUCGCUAUUAAAAGAGUUGUUAUAAUUUAGCAUCUUACACCAUUUUUAAUGGUUCUCUGCUUUUGCGUUUUUCCAAAACAGGACUUUUAUAGGUAAAAUUAUACACCUGACAGUUUUGGUUUUGGCUGUGGCUAAUCAGACAAAAAAUAUAUACACAUAAGGCUAAGUAUCUUGAAUAAUCUUAUUUUGCUAAUUGUGUGUAUGUAAGCUUUCACACUUUAAACUAGAAAUUUGUUGAAAUGAUGUGUUCCAUCGAAUUUCUGAAACAAACAUUUACGUAUGACGUUGCUGUGGAUUUGAAAGCUGUAUCUCGUUAAGUAAUAUAUUUUUCCUGACAAAGAAAAUUGAGGAGAGCAUCAGUUCCCAGCACAUUAGGGACCAAAAGUGUUAAUUCCGUACUACGUGAAGGCAGAUAAAUAGCUUAUCUUCAUUUUCAUAAUUCACGCCUGUGAUUAUGUCUCUUCCAAAGUUUCUUUGAAGUUUGUCGAAAUGUAUUUUUUUUUUCAGAAAAAAAAAAUCAGUUCAGUGUUAGGUAUCCAAGGUAUGAAAAUUGACAACUAUGUACAUGAUACAGAAGUGUGCACAAAUCUGCAAGAUUCAUGCCGUGUUUCAUGAGAAGUGUAUCUUGUGUAUUACUUCCACCGAACUUUGUGUUAUAAACGAUGUUCAUAGAUGUUAUAAACAAUGGAGCCUUAAUUUCCAGGAAGUGUUUAAUUAGCAGAUGGUUUAAACUCGCUGAUGUUUGGCCGUCAUCAUUAUAUAUAACAAUUUGGAGAUAAAAUUGUAGUAUACAAUUUGAGAAAGAAUUUUAUUUGUGAAAAAAAAAACACAACGAUGUGAUGUUUUGAAAAAACUUCUUUAGGGAAUAGCAGGAGGUGGAGGGAACACUUUGUUUUGCCAAAUUCCCUAAGGUUUAUUCAUUAUUUGCUCUUUAAAUGGACAUUUUAGGUUUGUAAGAACUUUUUUUUCCUUUGAAGGUAAAAGGGAUGCAUUUUAAAGAUUCACGUCUUUUGUCCCCUCGUUUUUCUCCCCCGUCGCGACAACCCACCAGUCAUGUGUUACCGCCCUCAUCUUUCUUCCUCUUCCUUCUUUCUUUAAAUUAGAAAGUGAUUUUUGUUUUUCAAAACGCGAGUUAGGGAUACGGCACUGGCAGUUACACAGAAUAACGUUUCUUUCUUUGGAUUAUUUUUGGGGAACUUGAGAAAAAAAACAAAACAAAACCCAAAAUAAUGCCACACAAAACAAAGUUAUAUCGUAAGUCACAAACUGUCACAGAAAUAUAUUUCAAAAAGAACUGAACAUUUCUACUCUAAGACAUCCAUGGGACAGCUACCAUAAGGAUUGCACUCAAUCGAAAGCAGGAAUAUACAUUUUAUUCAACACGUGGAGCUGUCUGCAGAUCCAUUCUUAAUUACGCAAAAACCCCUUUUAACACAGGUAAUGGAGAAAUAUAUGGGGGGGAAGGGGAACACCCCCCCCCUCCCCGCCAAAACCAGAUGACAGGAUCCUGUAUUUUGUGGACUGACUGAUUUUAUUAUACCCUUUGGGACAUACCUACUGCGAGCACAUACUGAACGUUAAAGAAGAUCCGGUAGUCUUGCCUACAUAUUUGUGGAGUCGCCAGAUGUGACCGUCAUUAGUAAUUAUGCCACAUCAUUAUAACUUUGGUGGAUUUUUGCAGCACAGUGGAGAGUCAAUAAGAACUUAUUACACGAUGGGAAAUGAGAAAAUAGCAGCCGCUGAAGUCCACCGAAGGUAUUCUUGAAGCCUGUGAUUGAAGACCUCAGCAUGGAAUUGGCCAAAAAAUGCACCAAACUCAUUAGUGACAUUCAUUAUAAAGAAGAAUAUAAAAAGUCUAAGGACAAGUGUACGUUUGUGCCUGACACGCCCAUGCUAAACCAUGUAAAAAACAUUGGUGCUUUUAUUUCUGAGGCAAAAUACAAAGGCGCCAUUAAGAAGAAUCUUUCCAAUUCUCUGUAUAGGCAGAUGCCAGCCACAAUUGAUAGUGUCUUUGCAAGAGAAGUUACCCAGCUUCAGAGUGAGGUUGCCUAUAAGCAGAAACAUGAUGCUGCCAGAGGAUUGUCAGAUUAUGCUCAUAUGAAGGAGCCACCCGAGAUCAAACAUGCCAUGGAGGUCAAUAAACACCAGAGUAAUAUUUCUUAUAGAAAAGAUGUACAGGACACCCACACGUACAGUGCGGAUCUCAACAGACCAGACAUCAAGAUGGCAACGCAGAUCUCCAAGAUCAUAAGCAAUGCAGAGUACAAGAAAGGGCAAGGAGUAAUGAAUAAAGAGCCUGCUGUAAUUGGAAGACCAGAUUUCGAACAUGCUGUGGAAGCUUCUAAACUUUCUAGUCAAAUUAAAUACAAAGAAAAAUUUGAUAGUGAAAUGAAGGAUAAGAAACAUCGUUACAAUCCUCUUGAAAACGCUUCUUUUAGGCAAAGUCAGCUUGUCACUGCACUGGUGAGCGAUGUGAAGUACAAGAAAGACAUUCAAAAUAUGCAUGAUCCAGUCUCGGAUCUCCCAAACUUGUUCUUAGACCAUGCUUUGAAAGCCAGCAAAAUGCUCAGCCGACGGGAGUAUAGAAAGCUUUUUGAGGAAAACAAAGGAAUGUACCAUUUUGAUGCGGACGCCGCUGAACACUUGCACCAUAAAGGCAACGCCAAGCUCCAGAGUCAGGUUAAGUAUAAAGAAGAGUAUGAGAAAAAUAAGGGGAAAUCGAUGCUUGAAUUUGUUGAGACGCCAUUGUAUCAAGCUUCAAAGGAGGCUCAAAAGAUGCAUAGUGAGAAAGUUUACAGAGAGGAUUUUGAGAAGGAGAUUAAAGGAAGGUCAUCACUCGAUUUAGACAAGACUCCAGAAUUUUUACAUGUUAAGUACAUCACCAACCUUCUGAAAGAGAAGGAAUAUAAAAAAGAUUUGGAAAAUGAAAUAAGAGGGAAAGGAAUGGAACUUAACUCAGCCGUUCUUGACAUUCAGCGAGCAAAACGCGCAUCUGAAAUGGCAAGUGAGAAAGAAUACAAGAAAGACCUGGAGUCAAAAAUUAAAGGGAGGGGGAUGCACAUUGGCACUGAUACCCUUGAAAUACAACAUGCCAAGAAAGCUUCAGAGAUAGCUAGUCAGAAAGACUAUAAGAGAGAUCUGGAGACUGAAAUAAAAGGGAAGGGCAUGCAGGUGGGCACCGACACUCCUGAUAUCCAGAGAGCUAAGAAGGCAUCCGAAAUGGCCAGCCAGAAAGAAUAUAAGAAGGACUUGGAAAAUGAAAUUAAAGGGAAAGGGAUGCAAAUAAGCAUGGACAUCCCGGACAUGCUUCGAGCCAAGAGGGCGUCGGAGAUCUAUAGCCAGAAAAAGUAUAAAGACGAAGCAGAGAAGAUGCUUUCUAACUAUUCUUCAGUGGCAGAUAGUCCUGAAAUGCAGAGAAUCAAGGCAACUCAACAAAACAUUAGUGCGGUAUUUUAUAAGAAAGAAGUAGGAGCUGGCACGGCCAUAAAAGAUACUCCAGAGACUGAACGAGUGAAGACAAAUCAGCAGAAUAUUAGUUCACUCCGGUACAAAGAGCCGUGCCACAAAGCCACGCCCGUGAGCGUCACGCCAGAGAUGGAGAGGGCGAGGAGAAACCAGGAGCAGCUGAGUGCGGUAAAAUACAAAGGAGGAGUUAAACAAGCAACUUCAAUUUCUGAUCCACCAGAGCUGAAGAGAGCGAAAGAAAGCCAGAAGGACCUCAGCAAUGUUUAUUAUAAAGGUCAGCUGGGAAGAGCCACAGCUUUAAGUGUAACUCCUGAAAUGGAAAGAGUGAAGAAGAAUCAAGAAAAUCUUAGUUCGGUAAAAUAUACCCAGGACCAUAAACAGAUGAAAGGUAGACCAAGUCUGAUUUUAGAUACGCCUGGUCUGAGAUAUGUCAAAGAAGCACAAAAUCAUAUUUCCAUGGUAAAGUAUCAUGAAGAUUUUGAAAAGACGAAGGGCAGAGGCUUUACUCCUGUUGUAGAUGACCCCGUGACAGAGCGAGUGAGGAAGAACACCCAGGUUGUCAGCGAUGCGGCCUACAAGGGCGUCCAUCCUCACAUUGUGGAGAUGGACCGGAGACCUGGAAUCAUUGUUGACCUCAAAGUUUGGCGCACAGAUCCUGGCUCCAUCUUCGACAUUGAUCCCCUGGAAGACAAUAUUCAGUCUAGAAGUCUCCAUAUGCUCUCUGAAAAGGCGAGUCACUAUAGGAGACAUCGUUCUCGCUCUCAUUCGAGCAGUACUUUUGGCACAGGUCUGGGAGACGACAAGUCAGAAAUAUCCGAGAUUUACCCCAGCUUUUCAUGCUGCAGUGAGGUAACCAGGCCGUCGGACGAAGGAGGUGGUAAAUUUGAAUCAGUCUCAGAGAACAAUAAUACAGUUUUGCAAACCUGUUCACCUGUCCUUCCUGGAGCCUAUCAGCAAAGCCAUUCUCAAGGCUAUGGGUACAUGCACCAGACCAGCCUGUCAUCCGUGAGGUCAAUGCAGCACUCACCAAAUCUAAGGACCUACCGAGCCAUGUACGAUUACAGCGCCCAGGACGAAGACGAAGUCUCCUUCAGGGACGGCGACUACAUCGUCAACGUGCAGCCCAUCGACGACGGCUGGAUGUACGGCACGGUGCAGAGAACUGGGAAAACGGGGAUGCUCCCGGCGAAUUACAUCGAGUUUGUUAAUUAAUUAUCUCCCCUUGUCUUUGAGCUUUAUUCUAAUGUAUACUAGACCUAAUCUUUUUAAAGGCUAGAAGAUACUUUUAAGACAACUUGGCAGUUAUUUUACAAUAAUCUCUCUCUACUUUGACAAUUAGACACGCAGGUACCAGGAAGAGGGAAUGACUUCUGGGCUGAAAACAGCAGCAUUUUCAGGAAUUGCUGUAAACAAAAUCGUUAGGUCUGGAGACCCUGGUGCUGCUAACUGUGUUAAUGGUUUCCUUUGACUGGCUUUUGAACACUGCUGGGAAAUGUAUUUUUGUAGACUUUAAUAGAGAUGUUGAGUGUCCCUUAAAUGUAACAAGUCUCUGAAACUUCUUAGCUGUCACUUUGGAACCACCAGAAGCCGAUUCUCUUAAUUCAGUAACACGGCCAGUGGUUUAAAAACAGUUCGCUUCUGUGUCAUUGGGGAAUUUCCAAUUCAAGUGAAAAUUGCCUAAUAUAAGAAACGUAAGCAGUGGCAGAAUGACAGUUUGGUUACAAUUAUACUGACUGGUGGCCUUAGGGACCUAGAAACUUCUACCGAACAGACAUUUCCUUGUUCCCUAGGCUGACUUGGGUCUAUUUAUUUCUCAUUUGUAUCAAGGGAUACCCUUCUCUCCACUUACAUCCUGUGGGCCCGAGUCUACGCUUGACUGCACAGAAUGUCAGGACCAAAUGAUGUCACAGCUACUCCGCAAAGGGCAAAGUUUAAAGUCAUCGCUGUUCUUUCCCUAGUAGCUUUUACCCUGCUGCAUGUCACGUAGGUUCAAGCUCUGUAACAUAGGCAGCCGCACUGCCCGUCCCUGUUAUGAAAACAAAAACCGUGGCUGAUAACCUCACAGCCCCUCCCUCUAGCGGCCAGCUCAUCAGAAAAACAUCUUUUGAAAAGUUGCUUGAGUUCCUUUUGCUGUCCUGCACUCUAGUUUCGAAGGAUUUACGCCUUUAGGAAAUAGACGUCUACUCUAGCACAUAAGUGGUUUAGGUGUUUACUGAGCAACUUUCGUUAACUUAAUGCCGCCGUUGAUUGAAAAGGAAAGAAAACGGACUAGGAGCCAGUGACGACGCAGUGUACUAGAGGCGACACGUGAGCAAAAAGUACCCCCCCCUCCACACCGAGAUGAGCCGGUUUCCUGUUUUGGAAAACGGCAUUCAGAUCUGGGAAUGGAAAUCUAGCCACCGAAACCGCUGAGACUUGGAAAGCCUUCCCUUCCACUUUCUUCCGGUUUUUCUUUUCUAAACCACAUUCAGGGGGUAAGGUGAAAUUGCCAACCGAGAUUUUAGGUAUAGGCCCAAGAGGUUGUCCACUGAAAAAAGCAACUGUUGUCCUGUCUCGAAUUUGAAAUGAGAGACCUUGCAGGCUCCUUCUGGACUCACAACCAUGCUACAGCCCUUGCUGGCGGCUCAUGAAGGUUCGCCUGUGGUCCACAGUCUAGAUCGCUGGAGAAAUGAACGUCCAUCAGCGACUCUGUGUUUUUCUGAUGGGUUCAGACGUGCGGGAGGGUAGCGUUUUUGGAGGUCUGGCUCUACAGACUCACUCUACAGUGAUGAAGCUGGAAAAGCCAAGUCACAGAAAUAUGGUGAAAUGUAUGGAUCUUGGGGAUAUCUCCCUUCUAUAGUAUAUGCAAAGAAAUUAACAAAACAUCCUAUAAAGUACCUUUUUUUUUUUGAAGUGUUUAGGAGUCCAAAACCAAAUGCUAACUCAUUUAUACUUUUGGAAAAGUUAGCGCAUACUUUUGAAAAUCGAUAGUUUCAUUCGAUCCGGCUAAAAGAACAAAUAAAACUUUGUUACACUCGAGCUGCAUCUGUAAGACAUUCACAGAAAAAGAAAAGACAGGAAUUUGGGUAAAAAAAAACUAGAGAGUCUUUUUGAGGGGGUUUCACAGAUUACUACAUAACCAACUGGACUGAUUUUUUUCUAUCAGUGAAAUGGUCGGUCAUGAUUAAAUCGACCCCAUUCGUGUUUUGAUAGUCUCAUAGGCAAACCGACAAAGACAAGCUGAAAUUGAAACAUUCUUACAAAAAUUUCUGUGCAUUAAAACCUAGGGCAAUGAACUUGCUCGAUUUACUUAUAUUUCCCCCAGACAAGUCCACUUUUUGUGAAGUCGUUGAUGACAUCUGCAGACUAAGUGUGGGACGGGUACAGUUUUUGAGAAAUAGCACAUUUGAACAGCAGCAGACUUGACAUGAUGCUUAUAAUUUUGAGAAAAUACCGUAAGGCAGCAGUUUGAUGCUCCACGGUCAUUCUCAUCCACUAAUUUCAAAAUCAGAUUCAUGGAAUGUAGAAGUCAAUAAUUAUUAGGGGAAUAAUUCUCCUAAGAUUGGAAGCUUCCCAUAAUGCUUGCACAGCGGGAUGUUUCUGCUCCCAGCCUCUAGGAAUCAAGGCCUGCUCAGAAUUUAACUAGAGAGCAGUUACUCUACCAUAAAGACUGAGGGAGACCGAGAUGUCACGUGCUCCCGACACCAUAACUUGAUAAUGUCACUGUUAUUAAAACUUGUCAGGAUAUUGAGCAUCUCGGCAGAAAUACAGGAAACAUACAUGUAUAAUACCAAAGUGCUAUUUUUACAGGAUCAUUUUUCAAAACUACAUUCUCGAACAGGGGUUCCACUUUGCACGCGCCUCCCCCCUUCAAUUUGGCGACCCGUAUCUCAUACAUAACGCUGGCGGCGAAAGAAGGGUUGGAAAAAAAAAUCCCGUCUUUUACAAAUCAAGUUAAAGGAGACUGGGAAAUGUUCAAGCACAGGGAGCAUGCACUUGAUUUUCUGAAUCUGAUGCAUUCUCAAGCCUGAUAAAAAGCACAAAGGAGCAGGUUGACACGUGCGUAUAAGGUUCCCAAAACACAACUCCACGCGGAUCCUGUCUCUCUUGAGAAAAGCAGAGCCAACAGGAUAGAGGACCUCUGUUGUGAGUUUUUGUAGCAAGCGUUUUUACUAAUUCUCGUUCUCUAGGGAGGAUUUCUAUUUCUCACCUGUGGCAAAACAAAUUUCUUCACACCUUCUUGUCCUCGUUUACACAUCUGCAGCGUAGCCCAGUUUAAAAUUUGUAUCUGGUUGUCAGAUCCCCGCGUGGUCCCUGCCUGUUCCUCAGGCUUCCCCCACCUCCAGAGACCACACAGGAAUUUGCCAGCACAAUUUCUCCGGGCACCUUGUGUGAACAUGGAUGAGGUUGGAUUGGCCCCUCUCUUGCCAAAGAGCUUGGUUCUUUGCUCGAAGGUGAUGGAGAUGUGGUGUUGGCAGGCCGCCCGCGGUCUUUCUCCCCCGUCAUCUCCCCGUCGGGCUUGACGACGCUGCGGGAGGGCGGGAACCAGACUUUUCUCGAACAGUGAAGUUCAGGAGGUACAUACAUCUCUUUUUCAGGUGCGUCCAUGUGCAGCGAAAUGUUUUUAAUGAAAAGAUAAAGAAAACGUGUGUGAUCCUUUAAUAACACAUCCCCUAUAUAAAGUGGAUGGAGUUUAUACCAAAAUUAUAAUAUAGAUAUAUUUUAAAAAGGUGCCUUUUUGAUUGCCCUUGUUAAUCCAUGAUGGUCUUGGAAAGAAAACCAAGCAAGCAAGCAAACUUCUAUCUAUUCUAUAGUAAUAUUUUAUUAUACACGACUGGUAUUUUUGUGGUGGGGGAGUGAGACGCUCCUGACAGAUCCGGAAGGUGGUAACCGAUUGUAUUUUACCUGUAAAGGUUUAGAACUUUAGAAAACACUUUCCCCAUCUAUUUCUGAAAGGUUCUUUGUGGAUUUAUAUAUAUAGUCAGGAUGCAUAAACAUUAACUUCAGGCCUGAGACUUAAAAUACCUAUUGUAAGAUAGAAGCAUUAUGUUAUGAGGCUGAAUUCAUUGCAGAAGAUGAGAUUCACUUCAUAAAUGUCAUUAUACCUUAGCUAUUUGCUUCUGAUAAUCUAAAAGUGGCUAGAGCGUGCAUGUUCUGGGUAACGUGACUCCGAGGCGCGAAAGCUUCAGUUAAGCGAGGAACAACGCGAACUCAGUUAAGAAUGCUAAAACGGAAGUCUCUUUCUGAAGUAUUCCAUGGCCCUUCGGAUCCUUUCCAGGCAGCUGACUGUCAACUGUUCAUUAAAAAAAAAAAAAAAAAAAAAAAAAAAAAAAAAAAAUCAGGACAUUGUAUGAUGCUUGUGUGGCCGUCGUUUCACGAUGUCUAGACCGCUGGAGUCCACAAGCCCGGAAGGAUCCCCAGGGCAGACUUCUCCCCAGCUGUCCAUAUCACUUGAGUAUAGCCAUGGAAUUCAGAUGCUUUUUGUGUUUGCUACACGGUGUCCCGUUCACAUAGUACACGCUUCUUUGUAAACCAGUUGCUGUAAAGAAUGAUUUGCUUUGAAGGUAAAGAGAAAACCGCAUCACAGUCCCAUUUCUUCGGUGUCCAUACAAUGAAUGGCGGAGCCUUUAGAGGCAGCACCAGACCUGUGGCAGGCGUGGUGUGGACAUGUUGGCCUUUGACCUGUGAUGGGAAUAGAGAACUAAACCAAUGUGCAGUUUGGAUUCUGUUUGCUCCAAAAAUGUGCAGUUGUGGUUGAUGAUUCAUUUGCAAGGUUGUGCUAACUUUGAGAGCAGACGGUUUGGGUGGAAACGAUGUUUUUUGAAAUGAAGGGGCUUCUAGAAUGAUACGAUGUUAUGAACAUAAUUUGGCUUUUGUUAUGCAAAUUAACACCAGCUAUUAAAAUAUAUUUUAGUAGAAAUGCUUUAAUUCAUGUUUUUUUCCUCUACACUGUGAAUCUUUAAGCCUUGGUGGACUAGAGCAACAUCGUGCUGCCCAAAGGACUAACCUAUGCAAACUAGUUCACAUUUUAGUGGAUGUCACAGUAAUUGUGUACUAAGACAUUAUUUCCCCCGGGAUAAUGUACAACGGCACUGAAAUAACACCUUAAGCCGAGCAUCAUGUAUGUUUAGUAUAGUCACUCACAAACCCUUCAAAGCUACUAUAAUCAUUAGUAGUGGUAUUUGUUGAAAAAGCAAAUCGCCGAUUGAUCUAUUAAAUCUCCUUGAACGAUGUCAGAACAAGAAUGACAGGUGGAUGUGUCGGCCAUGGCUUCAAUGUGGUCACUGCAGAUGUUCUGUGAUACAACUGUGUUCGGAUGCACUCUCUUCAGGGUAUUAUUAUUCUGUGUCUUCUUUCUGUAUUUGUAAGACAUUACAACGCUUUAAUUUCCUAUCUCUACACAUUCGGUUUGCUUAAAUAAAUGCAGGAUAUAACAAAA